UUUACCAUCUUAAAAAUUUAGCAAAAAACGCAACAAAACAAUCUCCAACAGUUUGCUAUAUAUAUUUGCCAAAUCUGGACGUUUGCCAAAUUCUGGAGUCGCGCGUGUAGGUUUCCGCGCGCGGAAACGAUUCGCCAUCGAGCGUGCGCCCUUCUCCGGUUUUUGUUCCGGUGACGGACGACCAACAGCACCAGAACCAAAGCCAUGCGACAACCGAGGCUCCGGCUCCGGCGCCUGACGGCGGGCAGCAGCAGCAGCACAAGGUCUGCGUCGGGUUCGGGCGGCCGGAGACGAGCGACCUGACGGUGAUGCUCUACGGAAAAGAAGGCAUCGCAGUCAGAAUGAGCGUCCACAGCGACAUCCUCUCCCAGAGCAGCGCCUUCUUCGCCCACCGCCUCUCCGCCGCCGCCGCCGCCGUCGGCGGCUCCGCCCCCAACCAGCCCUGCGUGGUGGAGAUCCACGACUGCGACGACGCGGAGAUGUACGUGGAGACGGUGGGGCUCAUGUACUGCGACGAGGCCAAGCACCGGCUGCUGCUAAAGCAGGAGAGCGUCCCGCGCGUGCUCCGCAUCAUCAAGGCCGCCGACGUGCUGGGAUUCCGCGCCUGUGUCACGUCCUGCCUCCACUACCUGGAGGCCGUCCUGUGGGUCGGCGACGAGGAGGAGCGCAGCGUCGUGUCGUCGAUCCGCUGUCUCCAGAGCAAGGACAGGGACAAGGACGGCGGCUGCUGCAACUACUAGUACGGCGGAGUCAUUAGCCCGCUGCUGAAGAGGGUCGCCGCCUCCGAUGACUGUCUGAGACCGCCCAGCGACACGUUCGCGAGCAUCACGGAGAUGGUGCUGACGAGCACCGACGACCGGGGCCUGCGCGAGAUGAAGGCAAUGGUCCUCAACCUCCUUAAAGACAGCAGCCGCAGCAGCCAUGUCGCCUUUUUUUUAAUUUGGCAAGCCCAAAUGGCAAACUAUUGGAGAUAGUCAUUUUUUUCUACUUAUCAAAUUAUUUAGCAAGUUGCUAUAACUUGAAAUUUGGCAAACAAAAUUUAUCAAUUGUUGGAGAUGCUCUAAUAAAAUGCACACGG